AGUCUGGAGAUGAUGAAGAAGAAGAAGAAGAGGAGGAGGAAGAGGAGGCAGUGGAAGAAGAUGGGGAAUCAGAAAUGGAGGAUGACUUUAGUGAAGAAAGGGAAGAUGAAAAUAUAGUAGUAGCAGAAGAAGAAAGUCAGGGCAAGAUAGAAAAUGAGGAAGAGGAAUAUUUUAACUCAGGAGAGAGAGAGAGGAAUUGUCAGAAAUGUGUGCAGAUAAUGAACACGAAGCGGGGGGCAACCAUGCAAAUACAAAUAUCUCUAGUAGUAAUAAUGACAUGUGCAGUGUAGAAGAAAUGCAGGGAACUGGUCAUAUGCCUGUGUCUUUUAUAGCUGGGAAAUAUGAAUGUUCAAAUGAAAACGGAGCUAUUAGCAAAGUAAAUAAUGAACUACCCAGUCAUUCAUCUGAAAGGGUAAAUAAUAAUGAAGCUGAGGAAGUCAAUGAAUUUCAAAAUCAUGAGAGCCAGGAAAGUGUUGUUUGUUCAUUGGAGACUUUUGAAGCAACAGCUUUGACCAAAGCUGCACUUGCAUCCCCCUUGAAAAAUAAUAAUGACAAUGGGAGGAAUUCAAAUCUGAGUGAUUCCUUUGAAAUUGAUGAUGAUCAUGGGUCUGAGGUAGAACUUGAAAACUGCAAAACUAGACAGCAGAACUCCAAGAGUCCUGUUCUUGUGAAUUAUCAAGAUGGCAGAGGAAAACAGUACAUGGAUCCAGAAGAACUACAGAAUGCAAUAUAUGAACCACUAGUACAGAAAAGUGAAAACAUCAAGGAAAAAAAUCCAAAAGAAAUUAUUCCCCCUAAUAGCAAAGAAAGUGAAUCUAGAUGUCAUGGAUUUUUCCGCAAAAUGAAAGGUAAAAAGUGGACUUCAGCAAAAUAAUUUACAUAAUUCAUGCUAUUGUAUUGACAAAAGAACUCUAAAAUCCAUGACUUGAAUAGUUAUAUCUUCAUUAUAUAAUAAUUUAGGUAUUAUUUCUGGUUAAGUUCCUGUAAUAUGUUAUACAUGGAGUUUCCCUUGAAAAUUAUUCAGAGCCCUUUGGUUUAGAAUAGAGCAGUUAGUUUUUUAACUGAUAUGCAUGAUUUUGAUUGUAUUUCACAACAGGGCUGUGUAUCAGCAUGUCUAAUGCUGAUGAAUAUGUAGGAACCUGCUGGUGAUGCGGGGAGGCAUUCACUCCCACACUUCCAUGCAGUUCCAUACAUCUGGCACAGAGGGGCGCUCUUUAACAGAAACUGGGUCUGUGGAGGGCUGGCCAGGAGGUCAUGCGAGCAGCUGGGAAUUGUAGUUUUGUUCAGAGACUUUCCCCAUUCGCAGAGCUGUUGAAGAGUUCCGCCACCCCCGUGCAGGCAAUGCAUUGAACUAUGCAAGGAUGGCCACAGUGGCAGUGAAUGCCUUCUGCGCUGAACGUUUUCACCAGCUACCAGAUUGUUUUCAAGCACAACUCAAGCUGUGCUAGUUUUAUAUCAAUAAAGCCCUAAACAGCUUGGGAUUUGGGUGCUUGAAGGACUGCCUGUUCACAUAUGAGUCUACACAAUCUUUGAUAUGCCUCCGAGGCUCCUCUCCAGGUGCCUGAGUUUAUUAUAUAAUUGAUUUUGGGUUUUUUAUUCUGAUUUAUUACAGUAAUCAUUGAUUUUUAAUAGUGAGCCACUUUGACAACUAUAGUGGGAAAACUGCAAAGGGAUACUUCAGAAUAAAUAAAAUAACUGAAAAUUAUCUGGCAGCUUAGCUUUUAAAAACAU